UUCUUUCUCUCUCUCUCUCCCACUCUCUCUCUCUCUCUCUCUUGUACACGCGCACUCGCAGAAACACGCAUUUACACAUACACAUGCACACGCAAGUCUCACCAGCAAAAUACCAAUCGAUUUCACUCCAUCCUACAGAUCUAUACUGGUCGCGAAAGUCGAACGCAGGGGAAGAUAUUGCCUUACCUCCAACUCAGUUGACAGAUAAUUGAAAGAACAAAAAAAACACCCCACAAACAUAAAAUAACAACAACUCACACACAUAACAAUAUCAACAAUAACAAAAACAACAGUAAAGUAAUUUACUAGAAAUAUUCUUGCUUGUUGCAUAUCAUUGUAUGCGUUGCGUGUAAUAAUUUGAAUAGCUUUCUAAACUUAAGCACAUAAAGAGACUCGUGUGUGUCUUCCUUAAUCCAACUGUUUUAAGAUGACCAGCAAAGCAGGAUCUUUCACUCACAAAUUACCCGGGGAGCAUGUUUAUGAAGGGGUGUUGUUCUUUGAAUACAGCCCACCUGAGGUACUUGAUCGAGUCAAGGAUUUCAAUGUGCGUGAUGACGAUGUUUUCAUAGUUACCUAUCCGAAAGCAGGAACAACAUGGCUUCAAGAAGUCUUGUGGUUAAUAAUGAAUGAUGGUCAGUUGAAAGAAGCAAAUGAGAAACAAGUUUACUUCCGCUCUCCAUUCCUUGAAUUCAAAGAUACUGUAUUAAAUGAAGUUGGUUUGGAAUUGGCAGCUGCUGUUCCAUCACCCAGGGUGAUAAAAACACACCUACAGAAACGUCUGGCUCCAAAACAACUCAAUGACAAAAACUGUAAGGUCGUGAUUCUGUUCCGAAACCCAAAAGAUGUGUGUGUUUCUUACUACCAUUUCUACCGCUCGAGCUCAUCCAUGGGUAACUUCAAGGGCAGCUGGAAUGAAUUUUUCGAAAUGUUUAUUACUGGUCACACUGGACAUGGAUCAUGGUUUGAUUUCACAGAAAGUUGGUGGCACAGUCGCCAUAAUUCGAACGUAAAAUUGAUCUACUAUGAAGAUAUGAAAAAGAAUCUCACAAAAUCUGUUGAAGAACUGGCUAAGUUUUUGGGUCGAUCUCUGAGCCAUCAAAAUGUGGAUGAUAUUGUGAAGCAUUGCUCAUUUGAAAAUAUGAAAACCAACCCAAUGACAAAUCAUGAAGAUGUCUAUUCCAUUAAUAAAAAUAUCUCACCACUUCUGAGAAAAGGUACUGUUGGAGAUUGGAAAAAUCAUUUCACUGUUGCUCAGAGCGAAGUGUUUGACAAAGUAUUGGAGGAAAAAUUGGGCCAUUUAAAUAUUCCAUUUACUUACAAGUUUUAAACCUCCUCAAGAUAAAAAUCGUUUUAUUAUAUUUUUGUGUAUUUUGCUUUUGUUGGCAAAUAUUAGCUUUUUAUUAGAACGUUUCAAAUACGAUAUGAUAGCAUGUUUUUUUAUAAGGGUAGAGCUUUCACAAACCCUGGCUUGAAUUUCUGAUGAUUUUUAGUUUACAUUCAAACACACACCACACACACACACACACACACAUACACACACACAUACACACACACACAAACACACACUCGUAGCUGUCUGUCUAGCUGUACAUAUAUAUAAAUAUAGUUUCACGCACUCUCAUACACUCGAGCACACACACAAGCAUGCACACACACACACACACACAUACACUUACAUGCACACACACAUACAUGCAUAUACACCCACCCACCCACCCAAACACAUACAAAUUUCUAUCUGUCUGCGUGUUCAUGUAUCUAUAUACAUAUAUAGUCACACAUACAUACACACAUGCACAUACAUGCAUCUAUGUAUUUAUACACACAAACACACACGCACACACAAAGACAUAUAUUCA